AUGGCCGCCGAACGCCUAAACUCCAUCCUCUCACACCUCCGCCCGGGGAAUAAGGGCGUCGCCGCGAUUACACAGAAAAACCCCGAUGAUGUGGUCAUCACCCUCUCGCUGCGCACGCCGCUCACAAAGGCUCGCAAGGGCGGGUUCAAGGAUACGGACCUGGACUAUCUCGUCUACGCGCUGCUGAAGGAGGUCAUUGCCAAGUCGCAGAUCGACCCGGCGCUGGUUGAGGAUGUUUGCCUAGGAAAUGUCAACGACGGAAAAGCCGCCUACCUCGUCCGCGCUGCGUCCCUCGCCGCCGGAAUCCCGCACACGGCUGGUGCAUCAUCCGUGAACCGAUUCUGCUCGUCGGGGCUCAAGGCUGUCCAGGAUAUCGCGAACCAGAUCCAGCUCGGCGCUAUCGACGUCGGUGUUGCCGUGGGCGCGGAAAUGAUGUCUGCCAGCGGCGACCGCCUCAACAAGCCGUUUAACGACGAGGUGCUGAAGAACCAGGAGGCUGCGGACUGCAUGCAGCCUAUGGGACAGACGUCUGAGAAUGUCGGCAAGGACUUCAACAUCAGCCGUGCGCAGCAGGAUGUGUACGCCGCGGAGUCGUUUAGACGUGCCGAGACGGCGCAGAAGGAGGGAUGGUAUGAUGAUGAGAUUGUGCCGAUUACGACCCGCGUGAAGGAUCCCAAGACUGGGGAGGAGAAGUCCGUGACUGUUUCCAAGGAUGAUGGUGUCCGGUACGGAACGACGGUGGACAGUCUGUCCAAGAUCCGACCUGCGUUCCCGCAGUUCGGGGAUAAGAGCACCGGUGGCAACUCCAGCCAGGUGACGGACGGUGCUGCGGCAGUGCUGCUCAUGCGCCGCAGCAAGGCGAUUGAGCUGGGCCAGCCCAUUGUGGCCAAGUUCGUUGGAGCUACGGUUGCGGGUGUGCCGCCCCGUGUUAUGGGCAUUGGCCCCACCGCUGCGAUUCCGAAGCUAUUGGAGAAGUUCAACAUCGAGAAGAACGAAGUGGACAUCUAUGAGAUCAAUGAGGCCUUUGCCUCCAUGGCCGUUUACUGUGUUCAGACCCUUGGCCUGGACCAUGCCAAGGUGAACCCGCGGGGUGGUGCGAUUGCGCUGGGUCACCCGUUGGGUGCGACUGGGGCGCGCCAGAUCGCGACCGUUCUGAGUGAGGCCAGGAGGACGAAGGCCAAGGUUCUUGUUACGAGUAUGUGUAUUGGAACUGGCCAGGGAAUGGCUGGGUUGUUUGUGAAUGAGCAGGUGUAA